UUUGGGACUUUUGACAUGGACUGUUUUAAAAAGUAUGGAAACAUGUGGGGGUUCUAUGAUGGUCGGCAGCCUGUGUUGGCGAUCACGGAUCCAGACAUGAUCAAAGCAAUCCUAGUGAAAGAAUGUUAUUCUGUCUUCACAAAUCGGCGGCCUUUUCCUGCAGUGGGGUUUAUGAAAAGUGCCAUCUCUAUAGCUGAGGAUGAAACUUGGAAGAGAAUAAGAACAUUGCUGUCUCCAACCUUCACCAGUGGAAAGCUCAGAGAGCAUGUUUGGGGCCUACAGCAUGGAUGUGAUUACUGGCACAUCAUUUGGAGUGAACAUUGAUUCCCUGAACAACCCACAAGAUCCCUUUGUG